UUUUUUAGUACUUUCUUAAAUAGCUACUAAUUCACUUUACAUAAUUUGUUCAAUUAUUAAUUUAAUGUAGAAAGAGAAUAAAUGUUCCCGUUUCAAAAAAUCAAAAAAACAAAUAGACACUCUUAAUGAUUUCUACCAAAAACAAUAAAUCUGGGGAUAAAAUACAAUUAAAGAAAUAGCUAGUAUCACAAAUUUACCAAAAGAAAAGAUUUAUAAAUGGUAUUGGGAUCAAAACAAGAAAUUCAAAUAGGAGGAUCCAACUGAUGAAAUAGAAGGAGAAAUCAUUGUUAAAUAAGAUCAAUUGACUUCAAAAACUCAUGAGAUUUUAUAUUGUAGUGGACUUUAAUUAAAUUAAGAAGUGGAUGAAAAUUUAAAAAAUAGACUGCUUAAAUUAGCUAGAGAUUUGAUUUUAUUAAAAUGA